UGAAUUUGGCCCCACUAUAAAGUCAGCACAUAAAAUCCUCAUGAACUACUCUUCUAUAUAUGUCUGAAUUCGUUUAAAGGUUGACUUGCCCUUGUUUUGGCGCCGAACUGCGCCGAACCGCCAUCCGCCAUCGCGCCAUCGUCGUGUUGGUUGAGAUUGUUGAGAAUUGCAGUGUCUGGGCAAAAGUUUUUUGUAGAGCAUUGAUUGGAAAUAUUGACUUCUAAAAAUUAAAAAUACAGCAAUGUCAGUAGAUACUAACAGUCAUAGCACAGAUGGCCAUGUCGAAAAAGUACACGAUGAAUAUCAAUAUUUACAACUCAUUGAGAAAAUCAUUUCUCAAGGAACAGAGAGAGGUGAUCGAACUGGCGUGGGGACAUUUUCCAUCUUCGCUCCACAAAUGCGAUUCAAUCUUCGAGACGAUAUUUUACCACUGUUAACAACAAAAAGAGUCUUCUGGAAGGGUGUAGUUGAAGAACUGUUGUGGUUCAUCAAAGGGUCAACAAAUGCCAAAGAGUUGACUGACAAGGGUGUUCAUAUAUGGGAUUCUAAUAGCUCCAGAGCUUUUUUAGACUCUUGUGGCUUCAAUGAAAGGGAAGAGGGUGAUUUGGGCCCAAUUUAUGGAUUUCAGUGGAGACAUUUUGGGGCUGAAUACACAAAUAUGCAUGCUGAUUACACUGGUCAGGGUAUCGAUCAGCUUCAGGAUGUAAUAGACACGUUGAAAAACAACCCCAAUGACAGACGUAUCAUAAUUUCUGCAUGGAAUCCAGUCGAUAUUCCAAAAAUGGCACUUCCACCUUGUCACUGUUUUGUACAAUUUUACGUCAGUAACAAUGAAUUAUCGUGUCAUCUUUAUCAGCGAAGCGCGGACGUUGGACUUGGUGUACCAUUCAACAUUGCAUCUUACUCGCUGUUGACUUAUAUGAUUGCACAUGUAACAAACCUUAAGCCUGGAGAACUCGUGCACACGAUGGGUGAUUGUCACAUCUACACGAAUCACGUGGAAGCUUUACAAGAGCAGACAAAGAGGGCUCCAAGGCCAUUCCCCAAAUUAAAAAUCAAGAGGCAGGUAAAAAACAUUGAUGACUUUGUUGCCGAAGACUUUGAGCUUAUUGGAUACAAUCCGCAUCCCAAAAUAUCAAUGCCCAUGGCUGUUUGAACAUAUGAACAAGAGAGUUGAAUUAAGAAAAUGGAUUUACAUUUCUCACUCUUAGAAAACACAUUUCAUUAUUACAAUGAGAGAAUUUUCGUCUUAUCGAAUUCAUCGAUUUCAUUGAUUUUAAUAAACGAAAAGUUGAAGUGGGAUAUUCAUCGGGAUACAACCAAAUAAGAAAAAAACGCACAGACACACUUUAAGAGAUAACUAUACUUUAUUUCCUAAUGAAAAUUAUAUUUUUUUUAAUAAACUUAUAUAUCAAUA